AUGCUAUAUAACCAAAAGAUCGCUCUAUUCUCUGUCUCUGAGAUUCUUUCUUCAUGUGAUGAUCAUCUUGAUCAGACAGUGACAGUCCACUGUUUUUCGAAGCAGAAGCGCUGCCAACGGCAUAUUAUUGCACUAUUAGACUCUGAUGACGGGAGUGAUGCGGAUGAGGAUAUGAAUAUAGAAACCCUUCCACGGAUUACAGCUUCGGAGGCUUUAAAAUUUGGUAAAAAGGCUUCACUUUGCAACCAAGAAAUGAUAUCUGCCGAGGCUGGAUAUGUGAUCGCACUUCUACAUUCAUUCUAUAAGCAAAAGAAUAUCCUGCAACUUUCAAAGGACUCACUCCUUCUGAAGUCAUCAACGAUAUCGUCAAGUGGAAUAAUAACCUUGCUUUUUCUCUCGGCACUUAUUCCAUUAGCGUCGCAAGACAAACUCUUUAAACCGAGGCGCAAUUCAUCCAUUUGCGUAAAUUCCGACGUUGAGCUUAAACGGCCCGGGCGAACGAUACGCCGCGCUCUCUUCGAUUGGAGCCACGCGGGAAAUCAUAUGACGGUAUGCGGAUAUUCUUUGAUCCCACUCCGAAAUCCUAAGUCGGCGAAAUACAUUUUAGCCCGAAGACUUCAACGCUCGAAACGAGACACCGACGACUUCACGGAGGAUCUAAGAGGCAGACAAUACCGCCUCCACCUCCGCAGACGACAUAGCCAUACCAGCGGAUGA